CCACGACUUCUACAACAUCUCACGUUGAUGCAUUUAGAACGGAUUUGUGUCAUUGCAUGAGAGCUUAUAAGUGCUUGAGAUGGUCCCUCUUAUGUUACUUGAGAAGAGUCGGUCACGAUAGACAUCAGUCUCAAAUCAAGUCCUGUUUCCAGCCACAAUGGUUAGUGAUCGGAUCUUUCUUCUAACUGUAACCCUCUCCGUCUUAAUGCUACUAGUUAGCUGUGAUGAUGUCCUAGAGAUCCGCUCGCCAGAAGAUAACAUGAAGGCUCAAGAGGAGAAAGAACUGAUCGAAGCUCUUCAAGAAGUUCUUGAAAAACUGAGAAACAAACAGAUUCCCACUGCAGAGAAGAAGUUUGGUUGGGUUCCCUCGUGUGAUGCAGGUGAGCAGUGUGCGGUUCGCAAAGGUGCUCGUUUCGGGAAGCUGUGCAGCUGUCCGGGAGGAACCACCUGCAGCUUCUCCAUCCUCAAGUGUUUGUGAAAACAUGCCUCAUUCUGUCACUAUCCAACGUUUUAUUGUACCUACAAAUGAUUAGAGAUGUUUGUUGUUUCCAUCAGUUGUAACAUGUUUUAUUAAUGCAAACGGACACAUCGAAUA